GGCGCAGGCGCAGUGUCUCCUGCGGGCCCUUUGGGCUUUUUCUUCUCGGUGUGGCGGCGCCUCCGACUUCGCCCGCGGAGGCGGACCCCCCUCGGACCCAGAGCAUCCUUGUCACCCCCGGAGGAGGAGGAGGAGGAGGUGACCAUGGAGCGGCCGGGCCAGGACUGGAGGGGGAGAGCUCUGUCUUGUGAAAAUGCCACUGUCCGCCGAGAGAGGAACCUCCGAGAUGGGGAGGGAACGAUGGCACCCAGGGGCCUGGCAGCCCCCUACCAGGACCUGGUGACCUUCAAGGACGUAUCUGUGGACUUCACCCGGGAGGAGUGGAUGCGACUGGACCAUCCUCAGAGGGCCUUGUACCGGGACGUGAUGCUGGAGAACUACCGGAACCUGGUGCUGGUCUCGCUGGCAGGGCAUCCAAUUUCCAAACCAGACGUGAUCUCCCGGUUGGAGCAAGGGGGAGUGCCAUGGGUGCUGAAGAAAGGAGCCACAGGACGAGCCUUUUCAGAUAGGGAGACUAAGCCUGAAGCCAAGAAGUCAGCUUCUAAGCUGUCCAUCUCCAUGGAAGAAUUCUUUCCAGGGAGAUCCAUAAAGGAGGAUUCUCAAGGGGGCAGUUUGGACCAAGCUGGUGAAUGUGCUAGCAGAUCAGAGCAGCAAAUGGGAAGCCAGGAGGUAGAGUCCAAGUACGUCCGAGGGGCCCCCAAGAAAACACCCAGCAGAGGGAGAGGUCACGAAUACAAGAAGUUUGGAAGAAGUCUCGGCCUGGAGGCAAACUCGUUUCCUCAACAGAAACUUCCAAGGGGAAAGUUACUCCGUAAAAGUGAUGCACGUGGAAAGAGCUUCAAACAGUAUGCAGAGCUGGUGAAAGGCAAUAGAAUCUCCUCAGGGAAGAAACUUUCUAAGUACAAUGAAUGUAGUAAGUCCUUUAGUCACAACGUAGACCUUCUUCAAUAUAGAAUACUUAAUGGAGAGAAACCUUACGAAUGCCGUGAAUGUGGAAAAGCCUUCAGCCGAAGAACAAACCUUACUGUCCAUCAGAGAAUUCAUACUGGAGAGAAACCUCACAAAUGUAGUGAUUGUGGCAAGGCCUUUAUCCAGAGUGCACAACUUACUGUGCAUCAGAGGAUUCAUACUGGGGAAAAACCCCACAAAUGUAGUGAGUGUGGGAAGGCCUUCAUCCAGAGAGCCCAACUUGCUGUCCAUCAGAGGAUUCAUACUGGAGAAAAACCUCAUAAAUGUAAUGAAUGUGGAAAGGCCUUCAUCUCUAGAACACACCUUACAGUGCAUCAGCGAAUUCAUACUGGAGAGAGACCUUACAAAUGCAACGAAUGUGGAAAAGCUUUUAUCCAGAGAGCACAACUUGCUAUACAUCAAGGAACUCAUAUUGGGGAGAAUCCCCACAUAUGUAAUGAAUGUGGGAAAGCCUUUAACCACAUAUCAGCCCUUAAUUCCCAUCAAAGAAUUCAUACUGGAGAGAAGCCUUAUAAAUGUAGUGAAUGUGAUAAAGCUUUCAAUCACUAUUCUUCCCUUGCUCACCAUCAGAAGAUCCAUAUCAGAGGGAAUCCUUACGAAUGUAAUGAAUGUGGGAAAGCCUUCAACCGAAGAUCAUUUCUAACUUAUCACCAGAGAAUUCACACUGGAGAGAAGCCUCAUAAAUGUAAUGAAUGUGGGAAAGCCUUCAGUUACAAGUCUUCCCUCACUCAACAUCAGAAAAUUCAUACAGGAGGGAAGCUCAUAUGUAAUGAAUGUGGCAAAGCCUUCAAUGGAAAAGCACUCCUCAUGUACCAUCAGAGAAUCCAUACUGGAGAGAAACCCUAUAAAUGUAAUGAAUGUGGUAAGGCCUUCAAUUGCAAUUCUUCCCUUACUCACCAUCAGAAAACGCAUACUGGGUGGAGACCUUAUGAAUGUAAUGAAUGUGGGAAAGCCUUCAGUAGGAGCACACACCUUACAGAACAUCUAAGAAUUCACACUGGAGAGAAACCCCAUAAGUGUAAUGACUGUGGGAAGGCCUUCAUCCAGUUUACUCAUCUCACUGUACAUCAGAGAAUUCAUACUGGAGAGAAACCUCACAAAUGUAAUGAAUGUGGAAAGGCCUUCAAAUAUAGAUCAUCCUUUACUUCCCACAGAAGGAUUCAUACUGGAGAGAAACCUCAUAAAUGUAAUGUGUGUGGGAAGGCCUUCACCCAGAUCACCCAUCUUACCGUGCAUCAGAGAACUCAUACUGGAGAGAAACCUUAUGAAUGUAAUGUGUGUGGGAAAGCCUUCAAACACAGCUCAUCCCUCACUUCCCAUUACAGAACUCAUGUCGAUGAGAAACGACGAAUUUAGUGAAUGUCUGAAGUCAUCUUUUCACUUGGGAAAGACUUUCAUUCACGUCGAAGAAUACAAAAGUAUGUAAGUAAAAAUGCGGCAAAGCUUUCAACCACAACUCAUCCCUUACCAUCAGUGAACUCAUAUUGCAGAGAAGCCUUAUAAAAACAGCCCUGUGAAUGUAAUGAGUGUGGUAAGGUAUAUAUGGAAGCACCGUCUUACUGCAAAUUAAGACAAUUCAUAAUAAAUAGAAACCCUUCCAUGUGUAGGAACUAUCUCAGUUCCCAUAUUGGCUUCCCAAGUCUUUUCCUCUUUCCUCAAGGCUCUUAUAACCCCUUUGCCUCCCAGAGUUUCAGCUGGUAAUAGCUGUUCACAUUGACAAGAUCCAGUGUAUAAUCUCUCAAACCACCCCCUUCUCUUCCCCUCCCCCCUGCCCCAGUACUAUCACCUCAUCUUUCUUCAGGUCCCAGGAGAAGCUGUCCGCGUUUUAAUUAAGGAUAAACCCUGUGCUUGUGCCCUUGAUCUCUUUUUUUCUUGCCUCUUCCAGAACUUCCUCUAGGAAUGCUCUCUUGUGCACCUUCCGUCUCCUUUCCACUUGAGCUUUCCUCUCAGUCUGCAGACGUCCUUGGCGCCCCAGUGCUUUCACACCAGAUGCCUCCUCCUCUAGCAUCCUGUCUGUUUCCUUGGCUUCUGCACGCCUUCCCAAAACAUUCUCCCUUCUAUGCCUUUCCACUCCCACCAGUGACUCAGGCAUCCCCAAAUCCAGUCAUUUUCUGUGGAGUCCUCAUCCCUCUCAGCCUCUUGGAAGCAUUUGACGUGGUUUGCAAUCCUCUCCUCCCUCAGUUCCAUGGAAAGCUUUUCUGCCCCGAUUUUCUCGCUUCUUUCUUGUAGUUCGCUCCCUUCCAGACCCCUUCAGUGAGUUGUGCCCCAGGAUUCUGUUUGCGGCCCUCACUUCAGCAUUCUUUGCAGCUGAAUCUUCUGUCCUGACUUGAGCCAUAACUUCUGUGCAGCUAACAAAUUUCCACUUCAUCUUCCACUUCGGUGCAUUCCAGCUUGUUUCAGAGACAGGACUUGAGUUUGAAUCCCAGCUCUAGUUUCACUGUGUGUGAGGUUGGUAAGUCUCUUCUUUGGACCCAAGUUCCUCAUAGGGAAAAUAAAGGAGUUGGACUGCGCUGA